AUGCUUGCCCCGUCGCCAUGGCCGGGCGGUGCUCCAGGUGGAAGUUUUCGCUUCUCACCAUCACCAGCCCCACCAGCUGUUGCACAAUGCGGACCCGCCUUAGUGCCAGGUCUGCGUGUGGAGGCUGAGUGGGUUCCUGGACGAUGGCAUUGCGGACAGGUUGUGGAGGUGGCGCCGGAUGGAGCCGUGACAAUUCGAUAUGAUGACGGGUACCUCCAGAAAAACGUCGCUCACGGGAAGGUUCGUGCUGCCGCAAACGGACCUGCCAUUGCAUCAGGCCCUCUUCGUGCGGGUGUUCCGCCACCACCACCACCUGCUGUGUACCCUUGGCCAGAGGACGGAACAGCGAAACCAGGUGAGCAGGUGUAUGUUGGUGAGGACGAAGACCCAUGCACCAAGAAGUUCCGGAAACGGCUGUCCAUUGCCGUGGACAAGGGCCGCACAGAGGAGGUGCAGGCGUUGCUACUCGAUGCCCACAAAGUCGGCCUGCAGGGCCCGGAGGUGCGUUGGGCUCGGGACGUCUUGCUUGCUGCCGAGGCCGCCGAGUUCCGGAAGAGCGCUGUGAUGUUGGUGGAGGAUGCCGUGGAGUCCGGCGACUACUGGAAGCUGCAGGCGGCAAUGCAAGCUGCAGUUGGCUGUGGUCUGGGCGCAGAGCAGGCACCCCGGCUGAAGCAAGCGAUGCGUACUCACAAAGCCCGCUCCGAGGCAUCCAGAGAGCUGCGGAGAGCAGCUCAGGUUCGGGAUGUGCCACGACUACGGACUGCCAUUGAGGGGGCUCUCAAGGUCCACUUGGAAGAGGAUGUCGUGAAGCGAGCCCGUGCAACUCUCCGAGCUUUGCAGGCCAGGGAAUCUGCCCGAAAGGAGCUCCGGCGAGCUGCCGAAGCCAAGGAUAUGACUCGGUUGAAAGCUGCCAUCAUCGCUGCGGAAAAGAGCUUCCAGGAGAAGGUUCCCGAGAUGUGCGGGGAUGACCCCAAGGAGAAGCAAGAGUUGGACGCAGCACGAGCAGCUCUACGCACGCAUGCCAUGAGCAGGUUGUCAAGACUUGCAGAUGCAGAAGACAUCGAAAGCCUCGGUAAAGGUCUUCAGGAACUUUCUGGCCAUGGAGUCCCUGCAGAAGAGUGGCAGCACUUCGAACAGAGGCACUCUCAGCUGAAGACACGCCAGCGGUGCCAAGAUAAAUUGGCACAGGCGACGAAGGCCAGAGACAAGGAUGCAAUCGUGGCUGCUAUGGAAGAUGCCAAGGUCGUCUUGGAGCAGAACUCAGAAGUCAUCGAGAUUGCCCAGAAAACGGUGUCCAUGCUCGAGGCGGAGGAGACCAUGGCCAAGACGCGUGCCGAGGUGGCAGAGGAGUUAACUCGCUCUGUGCACGGGGAGGAUCAGCGGCGGUUGAUUGCAGCUCUUACAGCUGCCGAUGCAGCAGGUUUCACCUCUUCGGAGGUCGCAUUCGCUCGGGAGCGCCUGCGGCGACUACGAGCUCGAGUUGGUGCGGCGCAAGAGCUGCGAGAAGCGGCACAUUCAGCAGACAUGUACAGGCUGCGUGCGGCAAUCACCGCUGCCAAACGAGCAGAAGUGUCGGAAUCAGAACUUGCAGGUGCCAGAGAGGCCCUGCGGUGCUUGGAGCUGCAGGCUGACGUGCGGCGCAGCAUCGAGGCAGCUGUGACUGCAAAAGACGUAGAGCUUCUGAGGAGAUGCAUCGAGGAUGGGAAGCAAGCAGGUCUCAACCGACAAGAGGUGGCCCGAGCACAAAAGCAUCUCCAGAAGCUUGGACAGUCAAGCGUUGGUCGCGAGCUUGCCGAGGCGCUUCAGACAGGUGACGCUGUGCGCUUGCGGGCAGCCGCCCGGGCGGCGACGGACGCUGGCAUGACGGGCGCGGAGGUGGAGUCCGCGUGGCAUCGGCUUCGAGAGUUGGAGUCCCACAGCUGGCUGAGGCAGCAGCUCGAUGGUGCUCUCGCCAGCAACGAUGCCGUCCGGUUACAGGCGGCUAUCAAGCAAGCAGAACUCGGAGGUCUUGGCCCGCCAGAGCUUUCUGCGGCCAAGCGGCAUCUGGACGCCUUGAACGCUCGUCUCCACGCGCGCCAGGAGUUGCAUCUGGCUCGGACCAGCGGGAAUCCGUAUGCCCUUCUCGCUGCAGUACGUCAGGGACAGGAGGCUGGUCUUCCCCAGCACGAGCUUGAAGUCGCGAGGCGGUCUGCCGAAGCAUUUUCGGGUUUCGACACUGGGCCAGACACGGUGCCGCAGUUGUCAGCACCUCCAACUCAGCCUCAAGUGCAGCUGACUGCGGAACGGCUGGAGCCUCCAACUAUGCCUCCAACCAUCCUGGGAAGUUUGUACCCACCGCCUUCUCAAUGUCACGGUGGUGAUGCCGGCGACCCUGGGUUCUACCAGCAACUCCAGCAGCCUGCACGACCCGGCGUCCAAAGACAGCAGUCAUGGCCGCCCAUUCAGCCCGUUCCAGAUUCUCCAUUGUCGGUUGGCGUGCUGACACCUUUCGCCAACUCGCCUGCCAAGCAGGUGCCUGCGCCGCAUUGGACUGCGAUCUGA